UAAUUGCGCAGGUUUUGAUUCGCUGCAGUGUUUUCUGCGCCCUGGGGCCACAGUGUUUUCAACGGGACUCAACUUACUACUUGCUGGACUCGCCAUGGCCGCUUGAGCCUGCUGAAAUAUUCUUCUUCCGUUAUCAUUUGGUCGUAGCGUUUGGACAGACUUUUUUUUUCAGACAUACUUUCGCCUUCUUUUGCGUAGUUUUUAUGUCAAGGAACAAGGAUGCAGCCUCCGCCGAGAAAGGUCCGGGUCACCCAGGAGUUGAAACACAUUCAUGCUGAGCAGAUGAGCAGAUUACAGAUCAAACACCAGACAGAGUGUGACCUGCUCGAAGACCUGAGGACUUUCAGCCAAAAGAGGGCAGCUAUAGAGCGGGACUACGCCCAGGCCCUGCAGAAGCUGGCAAAUCAGUAUUUAAAGAGAGAAUGGCCAGAGACAGAAGAACCGUCAGACCACAGGAACAUGUAUUGUGUUUGGAGGGCCUAUUUGGAGGGUAUGGUCCAGGCAACGCAGUCCAGAAUAAGCACCUGCGACAACUACAAAGUCCAGGUGGCCGACGCAGCCAAGACAGCACGACUGCAGAAGGAGCAGCAGCUUAGGAAGUGUAUUGAGCAGCUGACUGUGGUCCAAGCUGAGCUGCAGGAGUCAGUGAAGGAGCUGACCAAGAGCAGGAAGAAGUACCAGGAGGCCGAGACGAUGGCGCAGGCAGUCCGAGAGAAGGCAGAGCUGGACGCAAAGUCAAAGCUGAGUCUCUUCCAGUCCAGAUCCAGUCUUCAGAGGGCCAGCGUAAAGCUGAAAGCAAAGCGGAGCGAGUGCAACUCCAAAGCCACGCACGCCAGAAACGACUACCUUCUCAUGCUUGCAGCCGCGAAUGCGCACCAGCAGCGCUACUACAACACAGACCUCAUUGACUGCAUCAAGAUUUUAGAUGGGAGGAUCUACGAGCAGGUAAAGGAUUACCUGGUGUCACUGUGUCAGACAGAGCUAGAAGCCUACCAGGCUGUCCACAACAUCUUCAACCAGAUCCUCAACAGCUCAAAUGGGGUUCUGCAGGAGUUUCACCAGCAGCUGUUUGUGCAGAAGAACAUGGCGUUCCAGCAAGCACCAGACUUGAUGUUCCAGCCUGUCGACUCAGACACGGUGGUGCAACUGCAGAAAGAGAGCGGGACGGCAGAGGAGCACACUCUGGAUAAGGAGGCGAGGAAAUGGGCGAGCCGCGUGGCCCGAGAAUACAAGAGCAUCAUCCACACUCAGAAGGCCCUGGAGGAGUACGGGACCCAGGAAGCUUCGGAGCCAAACAACAGCGAGCUGGAGAUCAAGAUGGAGGUGGCCAGACAGAGUCUCCGGAGGGCAGAGACGGUGAAAGCAAAAGCCGAGGCCCGGCUGGACCUGCUAAGGGAGGCGGGAGUCCCGGUUGAAACGUGGCUGAAGAGUGCGAUGAACCAGGUGAUGGAGGAGCUGGAGAACGAGCGCUGGAACAACCUCAGUACCCACGAUCCUUCACUCUCCGUAACAGCAGAUUUGGAGCGCGAGGAUGAAGAGGAGAUGGAGGACAGCGGUGAAGUGUUGGAUGACAGCAGCUCCAGCCCCUCCAGCACCUUGAAAAACUAUCCACUCACCUGCAAAGUGCUCUACUCCUACAAGGCUUCUCAGCCAGACGAGCUGACCAUCGAGGAGCAGGAAAUCUUGGAGGUCAUCGAUGAUGGCGACAUGGAGGACUGGGUCAAGGCCAGAAACCGUAGCGGACAGGUGGGCUACGUCCCGGAGAAAUACCUGCAGCUGCCCUCCUCCAACAGCCUGCUGAGCAUGCUGCAGUCGCUGGCCGCGCUGGACGCCCGAUCCCAUUCCUCCAGCAACUCCACCGAACCUGAAACCGAACUCCCAACCGGCUCCGUCAACGGAGACUCCAGUGUUUCAUUCGCAAAGGCUUUGUACGACUACGCGGGACAAACGGAAGAUGAGCUGUCGUUCCCAGAAGGCGCCAUCAUCCGCAUCCUGAGCAGAGAGACCCACGAGGACGAUGGCUUCUGGGAGGGCGAGUUUAACGGCGUUGUUGGUAUGUUCCCCGCAGUUCUUGUGGAGGAUCUCACCGUGACCAGCGAGAAUGGAGAUGGGCAAAGAGACGGCAGCGCACAGUCUUCCCCGUCCACACUCUCUCAGUGCGACCGCUCCCCUCGUGGUCCCUUCCAGUCGGGACCUCUCCACAGCAGCCCCCUUCAGACCCCCACCGUGUCCUCUCCAGUGUCGAGUCCCUGCAGCGCCACAGCCUCUCCCAUUGGCCGACCACCCUCCUAUCACAACGGACACCACAGACCGCCGCCAGCUCCACACAAAAGCCCCUUUCACAGUCCAGCACAAAGCUCCCCCCAA